ACCGAACAACAUUAGAGCAUUGUUUUUAUCUUGUGUCCUGCUAUUAAUCCUGCGUCGAAUGGCUUUCAAAAUAAGCCUUCUAUCUAUUUUGACCGCUAUACUGUACUUUUCAAGUCAGUCUGGAGUCACGCUCGGAAAAGAAUCCCAACCAACCAAGUAUGGCGAAGUCUACCGCGCCAAAAGUCAGAUUGAUUCCCUGAUUUACAAGCUAACUCUUGAUUUAAACACCUUUAACGAAAAGAAAACGCUGGCCACUGUUAUGCAAAAGGACGCCGAGAAGCUGGCUCGAAUCGCUGAAGAAGAGAUCGCCCUGCUUAAACCGGUACAACAUCUUUUGGAUAAACUGAUAAAGGGUAAUGCUUCAAGUGGAUAUCAACGCUGUUCAACCAAACAAGGAGGAAAAAUCCCAAUGAGAAUUGCGACAAAAGGAUCCUCUCUCUUGAAACAUUACACCAUAAGUGUUCCAGUUAACCAUCGUCAACUGAUAGAUCGUGGAUUAACAGGUGACAAUGGAGAUGACUUGCAAGUCUAUUACCAUGCCAACGGGCAGCACCCUGCUCAAAUCCACCGCGUCCUCAGUGGCCUGGGAACAAAGUCAGCUACUGUCCAGUUCAGACUGCAGGCUCCUAUGUCAAGCAACACUGUUGAUGACUCCUCUUACUUUCUAGUGCUUGGCGGUGCGGUCAGUGGAAGCGUCAUGGAUAACCCUGACCACGUGUACGCCUUUCACGACGAUUUCUCGAGCUCUGUCCUGAAGGAAGAAUGGAUGACAAACAAUUUCGGUAAAUGGAGCGUGCAAAAAGGACGACUGCUUGGAGACACUUUCCAGGGAAGCAUCAAAGACAAUGUGGAGAUCGGAUUGUACGCGAAGUCAGGAUUUACAUGGAAGGAUGUUGAGGUGGAGCUUGACUUAAUGGAGACUGGGACUAAGCGUAGUGCUCCUGGACCGUUUUUACGCGUCAGCAAUGUGGAUCACAGUAAGACUACGGGUUGGUGGUUUCAAUACUACCCACCGAACGUUGAUAGUUGUACGAUGAGACCUCAAGCUAACAACAACGAUGGCAGCUGGAAAUACAAGGGCAAGUUACCUACAGCCUUUACUAUCAACACUUGGUUUCAUUUCAAGUAUCAGGUGCUCGGCGACAGGUUUUCCCAAUGGGCGAAUGGUAAACUGGUGCACAAUAAUGUACAAGUGGGCAGCGAAUGGAAAAUACCUGCAGGAACUUUAGGCCUGGGCUGUUUCAAGUCUUCCCACAACUGUAAAACACUUUACGACAACAUCAAAGUGAGAUUCCUAGUUGCCAGUCCUCCAAACAUCACUCUUGGAAACUUUCAACCAGGCUUCUUUAGCCAAAGUAGUCUUUUGGGUGAAAAGAAACUUCCCGCUGAUUCGUGCAAACAAAUCCAUGAUGCAAGUCUGGCGAACAACAAACCACGCGCCAAAAAUGGCAUCUACUGGAUCAAGACUGACCUAAAAGGAAGUUUAGCAGUGCAGACUUACUGUGACAUGGCAAAUGGUGGCUGGACUCUCGUGGGAAAAAUCAGCGGAAACGUUGGCAAUAUUUACAAGACAUGGCUGGUCUCUAACUACAACACUGUUGCACUGAAAACACCAAAUAUCACUAAACAGAAAGAGUAUGCCUGUAUCGACGCGCGCAGAUUGGCGGUGGAGGAAGCGUCCUCGAUUCUGUUGUCCAGCGGUGAGCGGAUGGAUGGCUUGGGGAGCAAGUGGGUGAUGUGGAGGCUGCCUGGAGACAGAGAAAAGAACUUGCAGUGGAAUCACUCUGUUGGGCCGUCCACUGUAAAUGCAGCGGCUAAGACACCCGUUAUGGUGUAUGCUUGGAAUGGCAACAAAAAGAUCUGUUAUCAGAACGAGUUCGGGAUCCUGCCUAAUAGUGCUCAUGGAGGUUCGUACCCUUACGCCUCUUACGACGCUGCUGGGGGCACUUACACCAAUGAUUAUUGCAUGUCUGUGGGGGUCAUGGCUAAAGGUUUCACUGCGCAUGGCUGGUCGCAGAAUGCCAGUGGUUACGACAGUCCCAGCAGCGACUCCGAUUGGCCGAACAAAGCAUACAAUCACCAGUCCCCACACUUGACAAUCUGGCUGAAAUAACUGUAGCAACGACCUCAGAGAAACAAUCACAGAUAACCGUGAUUUCUAUUGCGCUCUGAUUGGGAUUUAUAUCAACUUAGAUCGAGAAGGUCAAAUUGAGAGAAUAUUAUAGGAAAGGCGAUUUCAUUUCAUAUACGGUAGCAUUGUCGUGAAAGAGGAGAGAUUACGUCAAGAGAAAAAUCAACAGAGUCAAAGAACAUCACCAUAAAGUAGGUUGCCAGGGACCAAGACAGACAUUUGUUUCGUUCGGUGAAGGGAGAUCGAUUUUCCGUCUUUUAAGUUUCGUUUGCUUUGCCGAGAAUAAGGGGAAUCUUGCAAGUGUGUAACAGAUAACUGAGGCGUUGUUAAGUUGUGGAAAACAUGAAAACAAAGAAAAAAAUAAAAUAAAAUGGUGCUUGGUAAAGAGUCAGGAUUCCUUUAUACU